UUCUUCAAAAUUAGUCCGAAUUCGGAGAUUUCCUAAACGUCAUAGAGUAAUCAGUACAUCAAAGUAGGAUCAGAACUAGGAACAAUUUGAAAACCCAGGCCCAUCAAAUAGCCUCUCGUAGCCAGAACAAAGGCAUUUAUUGCUCAAUCAAGGAGUUGUUGUGAAAAAGUAGAGAGAAGAUCGCUCUCCCCUCUCUCCUAAGAGUUUUUCGAACGUUGAGUUCCCCCCUCUGGGGAAAUGACCGUUGGGCCUGCUCCGCCUGUGGCGGAACCGGACCACUGCCUGAAGCCGCCGGAUGAGACGCCGCCGGACGGAACGCCGCCGUUCACGCCGCCGCAGCCUACCAAAAAGGCGAAAGCAAGCAUGAGUGAGGGAUUCUCAGGAGGGGAAGAAAUGGUAAUCUCUGUCACUACAGCCCAUUACCAGAACGUCGAUGAGGUUGCAAUGGAGAACCAAGGGGUGGGGGGGAACCUCGAUCACCCAAUGGAGCCAGUACAGGAGACUGAGAUCCCCAGAAUCUCCUACAAGGACUCCUUCUUGGGGAAUAGUCCGCCAAUCGAUAUACCAGAGGGCGAUGAGCUCAUGUCAGAUGAAUCGGAAGAUGAAUCAACUGAAGACGAUCCUGAUUGUCCCACCAUUCGCAUCAAGAAAAGCACUGAUGCUCGCAUCAAGAAAAGCACUGAUGCUCGCAUCAGAAACAGAUGGCGGCGUGCAAUUACCUUCUGUGUGCUAGGAAAAUCUCUCGCCUUUGCAUUCGUUCACCGGCGCAUCCAGAAAAUGUGGGCAAGAACAGGAGGAGUCCGAAUUGGAGACAUAGGCAAAGGGUUCUUCCAGGCCUCCUUUGAUUCUCAAUUAGAUCAUGAUCGAGCAUUGUAUGGAGGGCCAUGGACUAUCGAUGACCACUACAUCGCGGCGGAACCAUGGAGGCUGGAUUUCGACCCUGACUUCGACACCAUCACCAGAGCCUCUGUUUGGGUAAGGCUUCCUCGACUUCCCCUGGCCUAUUUUGAUGAGGAAAUUCUUCAGGACAUUGGGGACAGAAUUGGAAGGGUUGAGAAGAUUGACUACAAUACGGCUAAUGGGUCAAGAGGAAACUACGCAAGAAUUUGUGUUGAGAUCGACCUGAGGAAAAGACUGGUCUCAAAAUACAGAAUCAAAAGAAGGGUGCGACGAGUGGAGUAUGAAGGGCUCCACACUGUGUGCUUUGGGUGCGGUUGCUAUGGCCAUUUGGAGGAUUCUUGCCCCCUUGCCCACUCCCCAGAAGCAAACCCGGAAGAAAGAACGAAAACCACACAGGAGGCAGGGCAGGAGCAGAAGAUUAGACCAGAAAUUCUUGAAGAUUUUGGGCCCUGGAUGUUGGCGACGAGGGUCAAAAGAAAACCAAGGCAACAGAGCAACCAAAAGAAUAACAACCAGGAAAAAAAGAGAGAAGAGCCAGGGGUACAGGGAUCUCGAUUUAGUGUUCUGGAUGGGGAAAUGGAAAUAGACGCAGAGGAGAAUAUUGGGACAACAAUCAAUGAAGAAGAGGGACCACAGACUAAUCUGGAGACAUCUAACUCUGCAAGUCAACCCGAGGGAAAAUCGAAUGAGAAAAUCAAGGAAGGAGUCAAUGGAGCAUCAAAUGGGAAGGAGAGGAAGGCAAAGAAGGACGUGCAAACUAGAGAAGGGAACAAAGAGAAGAUGGAGAAGGCUGGAUCAAGUAACCCACCCCUCAGUGGCAGGCCUGCCAGCACACCCAAGCAAGUUAGAAGCAGUGGUGAUCGCCCUGCCAAAGGAACCCCCAAGAGUGCCCUGAGCACUAAACAAGCGAAUGUAGUCAAGCAACCGCCCCAUCAGAAGCUGGCCAAACCAAAAAGUGGAGUGGUCACAAACAACUCUGGAUCCCCUGGUUGUGGAAAUGAAAGAGGACAGGCCUCAGGAGCUAGAGCAGGACACCAACCAAAAAUGAAGGUUGAAGAUCCUUGCAUUGGAAGUAAAGAGAAAGCCAAGAAGAAAUUGGGAUCCCCUGAUGGUGAACUUGGGUGCCCAAAAAAGAUCAACUUCGACCAGAUCCAGGUAGAAGCUCCUCUGUUGCCAGAAUGUGCAUUUCCAUCCGUGAUCAAAGCUAAUGCAAAAGAUCAAGGGAGGGAAGAGGUGGCCAUGGCCAUCGAUAAUUGCUGACCUAGUCUCAGAAAGUCUAGGGAAACGUCUCUUAACCUUUCUUAUGGUUAAAGUGCUUUCCUGGAACUGCAGGGGUGCUAGACACCCCAAAUUUCAGUCUACCUUUGCCUUUUUCAAGUCUUUACACUUGCCUGAUGUUGUUUGUAUUCUGGAACCAAGAAUCAGUGGUACAGACGCCAAAGAAGUAAUCAAAGCCAUGGGUUAUA